UGUUCGAAAGAAAUUCGAACAGUUCGCGUUGACGACUCACCGAUGCUGCCACCUGCAAUCAAUUGCUCUGUUUGUGGGAUUGCUGUGAACUAUUUAAAUUACUAUGGCAAAAGACUGUUUUCAAUUCAAAAGUGGUCAGUGAAAACUGUUACCAUAUGUGUUUUAAAUGAUUGCAAUAUGCAUUGCCAUUCCUUUACAUCUAUUUCAUAUACAAUAUAAUCGAAAUGAAAAGAAAAGUUUAUAUUAAUAUUAGGAACCAUCAUAAAUCGCUAUUUAUGCAAAAUUUUAUUCCACUAGUUCGUAGAGAACUUGUCAAACUAUAGUGUAAAAUACAUUUUUAAUACAGCCAACUCAAUUUUCUUUCAUAAUUUUUGUUUCGAUAAUUUAUAUUCAUUACGAAUGCAUCAUUUUGUUCAGCAUAAAAAUGGUCACCUUACGCAACUAUCCUAUAUGUUUUGACAUAAUUAGCAUUGGAGAAGAUUACCCUUUCGUUUGAUACUUACUUUUAUUAUUUGUGUCACCAAAAUCAUACAAAACUGCACGAUACAAAAGUAUCGAUUUUCAUAUAUGUUUUCCUCACAAAUACCAAACGUCAAAACUCAAUGUCGUCGAAUGGCAAAAUAAGCAAAAUAAACCUAAAAGACAGUUGUGCCGGGUGCUGAAAUUUAACUUUAUUUGAAUUGUUCUUCGGUGUGAAUAGAAAAUAAGUGAGAAAAUAAUUUAGCCAAAUGGAUUCCGCCUUAUUGUCGGUAUUGGCAGUGUAUGAAGAAAUCGGAAUACUUCGUUAUAAUCGACGGAAUCUGCGCACAUCCGGUAAUUUAAUGGAGCUUUCAGACGAUGCAUUCAUUAAAAGCUUUCGUUUGAAUAAAGAGGCAUUCCGAUACGUUUUGGGGGAAAUUGAAAACGAUUUUUCCAACACAAAGAAAAGUGGCAUUCAUGUUAAGGAAAAGCUGGCGGCGUGUUUGAGAUUUUUCGCUGAGGGAAACUACCAGCUUGGAGCGGGAGAAGAUUUCCAUAUUGCGAUGGCACAGUCCACUUUUUCUAAGGUGUUAUCUGAAAUGCUGAACAUACUGGAGCGAAGAUUAUGUUCUAAGUGGAUAUCAUUGGAAAUGUCGGAAAAUGAACAGCGACGUGCCAAGCUUUAUUUCUAUGAGAAAUCUGGAAUUCCAGGAAUAAUCAUGUGUGUUGAUGGAACACAUAUAAAAAUAAUCCCCCCUAAUCAGAAUCGAAAUUUAUUUUAUAAUCGAAAGGGGUUCUACAGUCUGAACGUUCUCAUUGUUUGUGACGAUCAGCAGAGGAUCCGUUUCGUUGAUCCUAGCUUUCACGGAUCUAAUCACGAUGCCCAUAUAUGGCGAAUAAGCCCUGUACGAACGUAUUUCGAGCAGAUGCAUCGAAACGGCGGAACACAAACUAAAAUACUGGGUGAUGCAGGCUACCCAUCGGAAUCAUGGCUGGUAACGCCAUUCAGAGCUCCGGAAGAAGGCAGUUUGGAAAGCGAUUUCAACCAGAGGCAUGCUUUAGGUCGAGGCAUAGUCGAACGAACAAUCGGUGUUCUUAAAAAUCGUUUUAGAUGUUUACUUGGAGCGCGACAACUACAUUAUACUCCUACAAAAUGUGCUCAAAUUGUGAAUGUGUGCUGUGCACUUCAUAAUAUAUGUUUGGAAUACGGAUGCUCUCAGUAGGGGGCAUAUUUUGAUGAGUCAUAUCAAUAAAUUUUUAUUCUCUCCAAUACUAGCAACUAUCAUCUAUUUUUACUUUUUGUAUGCGAUAAAUAAAAUAAUACGAUUUGGUGAUCUAAUGUCUAAAUCUUGUGUUUAUUUUUAUAAUGCAAUAUUUGAAUGUUCGGAAAAAUGUUCUAUUUGCAU